AUGGCUAAGAAGAAUAAGAAAGAUAAAGAAGCCAAGAAGGCCCGUGCUGAAGCCAAAAAUAAAAGAAACCAAGAAAAGGCAGCGGCCAAGAACAAAAAACUGAUGACCAAACUAAGUGCCCAGGACUCAGAUAAUGAAGACAACGUGGACUUAGAUUCUAUUCUAGCCCAAUUCAAAUUAGAACAGGAAAAAUAUGAAAAAAUUAAUGUGGAGACCGUGGACAAACCAAACAAGAGGAUUAAUGCCUGUAUGGUGACUAAUCCAUUGCAUUCCAAACGUGAAAUCAUAUUGUUUGGAGGGGAAUACACAGAUAAUGAAACCGGCAAGACUGUUUUCUAUAACGAUCUGUAUACCUUUACUAAAAGUAAUAACCAAUGGAAAAGAUACACCUCACAAAAUUCCCCAAUGCCACGGUCCUCUGCUGCAAUGUCUUGCCAUUCUUCCGGGAUCGCAUUAUUACACGGUGGUGAGUUUUCUUCCCCAAAACAAUCUACAUUCUACCAUUACAACGACACUUGGAUCCUGGAUACACAGACUAAAGAAUGGACCAAGAUCGAAUCCAAGGUUGGUCCUUCUGCACGGUCAGGUCAUCGUAUCACCACUUGGAAAAACUAUUUCAUUCUCUAUGGUGGGUUCCGUGAUUUGGGCUCGCAUACCACAUAUUUGGAUGACACCUGGGUCUUCGACAUCACAACACAUAAAUGGAGGCAAUUGGAGUUCCCAAAGACGCUUUCCAUCCCCGACGCUCGGUCUGGUCAUUCUUUUAUCCCGUUGGCUAAUCCAAACGAUGGGGUUCUGGUCUAUGGUGGUUAUUGUAAGAUAAAAGCAAAGAAGAAUCUGCAAAAGGGUAAAAUUUUGACAGACUACUGGGUCUUGAAGCCUGCUAAUGCGAAUGACGUGGAUUCUCUCCGUUGGGAGAGACGUAAAAGGACAGGUUUCCAACCAUCCCCACGUGUUGGUUGUUCUAUGGCAUACCAUAAGGGCCGUGGGAUUAUGUUUGGUGGUGUCUAUGAUUAUGACGAAACAGAGGAAUCAAUGGAAUCGGAAUACUACAAUGAUCUUUUUAGUUAUAACGUUGAGUCCAAUAGAUGGUAUAAUUUGAGCUUAAGAAAGAGCAAAAACAGCUGUGAUAGAAAUGCUAAAAGUAAUUCAAAUAAUAAUGUAUCUAAAGAACAAGAAAGAGAAUUGCAGGAACUGUUGAAUAAGAUUCUGGAACAGAAUAAUUUGUCUAAUAGUAAUGAGGAUGAUGCUGAAGUAGAGGAAGAUAUGAUGAAUGACAAAGAAGACAACAGUAUUGAUAGUUUUAGUUUCACUGUGUCUACUCAAUUACCACACCCAAGAUUCAACGCAUCUCUUACAGUAAUGAACGAUUCUCUUUACAUAUAUGGUGGUAUUUGGGAAUAUGGUGACAAAGAUUACAUUGUGGAUUCCUUUUAUUCAAUUGAUUUAAAUAGAGUAGAUGGUGUUACAGUAUAUUGGGAAGAUUUGAAAGAAAUUGAAGCAGCAAAAAGAGAAGGUGAACCAAAAUCCGAUUAUGAAGAUGAUGAUGAUGAUAACGAUGAUGAUGAGGAUGACAGUGAAGAAGAGAUCAGAGAUGAGAAAUUGGUGGCAGAAAAUGAAGAGGAUGAAGAUGAAGACAAUGAGGAAGAUGAAGAAUCGGAAAUGGAGAUUCCAGACGAUAAACCGUGGUUACCACAUCCAAAGCCCUUUGAGUCCUUGCGUGAGUUCUACAUCCGUACAGGUCCUAAAUUUUUGGAAUGGGCUAUUUCUAGCAAUAGAGAUGCUCGUGGGAAACACUUGAAGCACAAAUCAUUUGAAUUAUGUCAAGACCGUUGGUGGGAAAGACGUGAUCAAGUAAGAAUUGAAGAAGAGAAAUUAGAAGAGAUUGGGGUUACCGGGAACGUUAUAGAAAGAGAUAGUAGCAAACCACAAUCUCGUAGACGUUGA